AUGGCCAGCUCAACUGUGCAGCAACCUGCAACAGUAAAGCCAAAUCUGAAAGAGUUCCUGCAACCCCUCCAGGUUGGCAUCGAAACCUUGUCUGACUUGUCCUGUCGACUAUCAACAUCUUAUACGAACCUGGCCUUGGAAUCUACUGAGCACUUCAUUCCAACGCCCAUCACCCGCCUCCCCACAGGUCAUGAAACUGGACGCUACCUCGGCGUCUAUGUUGGUCUAUCUUAUCUGCGAGUAGCCUUUAUUGAUCUCUUGGGAGAUAAACAAGUCGAAGGGCAUGCCCGCGUUCGACGAACGCUAGAGAAGGCCUGGCCUAUAGAAGACCAUCUACGAAAAGACCAUUCCUUGGACUUGUUCACCUGGAUCGGUGACUGUAUUGCCGAGGUCGUGGCCGAUCGACUUGCCAAUCCGAAUGAAGAAAGUCUUGACCAAAUAACGACGGGUAUUUCCCUCUGUCUACCUAUAAAACAAAACACUCUCGAUGAAGCUAUCUUGAUGCCAACUGGCAAAGGCUUUUCUCUAAGCUCAGACCUCAACCUCCGCCAAGCAUUGCUGAAUGGAUACGAGCGCCACACGUAUUCCUCUCACGGCGAUGUUGAGCCCAUGCCUGCAAAACGACGCAGGUUGUUUUCUCUGCCUAAAUUAAAAAUCGCUGUCAUGAUCAAUGAUACGACCGCGACUCUUGCAUCAUUGGCAUAUUCGAUCCCUUCGUUGCCCAAUACCCGUGUUGUCAUGGGGCUUAUUGUAGGCGCUGGAUGCAAUGCCACUGCUCCAAUGAAGAUUUCCGAUCUUCAUGAAUCAAAAACACGAAAUAUUCGAGAGAAAUACCCCGACGCCAAAGAGACGCUCAUCUCUACCGAGUGGACUCUUUCCACGGCAGCAGCUCCUUUCGAUGAGCUGCGCAUUCGAAAUAAAUGGGACUAUGAACUGGACCAGCAUUCCAAACGACCGGGGUUCCAGCCACUAGAAUAUAUGGUCGGAGGUGGGUAUACUGGCGAGUUGGUUCGGAUAAUCUGCUACGACUAUUUUCACAGAGUCCUGGGGAUACAGCGCUCUAUGUUACCCGUGACGUUGAUUGAGCCAUAUACCAUUUCAACGGAAUUCCUCUCACUGGUUGUUGCCUCUUCCUUGCCCGACGAAUCAUUGGCAGACAAGCUUUCUCAAAAGCUUCAGCCACCACCUGAAAGCGAUUGGAGUUGGACACCUGAAUACGCUCACGAUAUCCGCGCCAUCGCAUCGGCUGUGCACGACCGAGCGGCUUCAUUGGUUGCAGCCGCCGUUGUUGGUCUUCUGGAUUGUAUCAAAGAAGUCAAGCUGUGCAAGGAUGUAUCCAAAGAUGCAAGCGGCGUACAAAAGAAAAUGGAAACUAAAGACACUGAACAGACAGGCUCAGGCUCUCCCAGUUGGAACAGCGGCCCGGAAGAACUCGCCGUGGCCUUUUCCGGGGGAGUGAUUCAACAUUAUCCCCAUUACAAGGAAAAUGUGCAAAGAUAUAUCGAUCGUCUCAUACUUCGCGCUGGUCCACAAGCAGGAGGCAAGAGUGUCUUCUUACGUGAGGCUAGUGAUGGUGGAAUCAUUGGGACUGGUGUGCUCGCGGGAACUGCCUUGGGGGAGAUUGGGGAAAUAAAGGUCACAAAUGGUUCUCCAUGGCCGUUGCUAUCUCCGAUGCGGAAGGACUUGUCUGUCAAAAUAUAA